UGAUGUGCACUAAGGGAGCAUGCAGGCACACAAGAACUCUCAUAAGGUUACUUCUUCUCCAUACUCUUGUCAAGAAGGUGGUCCCAGAAGAUGACACAGAUGUUGCCACUAAGAAUGGAAGAGUAAAAGGGAUGAAUUUGCCCGUGCUUGGUGGGACUGUGUCAGCCUUCCUUGGGAUUCCUUAUGGAGAGCCACCUAUCGGGAUGCUUCGGUUCAAAAAGCCACAGCCUAGGCAAGAGUGGACUGGGGUCUGGGAUGCCACCAAGUAUUCAAACUCUUGCUAUCAGAACAGGGACAACACCUUUCCUGGAUUUGCAGGAUCAGAGAUGUGGAACCCAAACACAAACCUCAGUGAAGACUGCCUCUACCUCAAUGUGUGGGUUCCUUCACCCAAGCCUAAAAAUGCAACUGUCAUGGUAUGGAUCUAUGGAGGAGCCUUCCAGUCUGGGACAUCCUCACUACCUGUCUACGAUGGCAAGUUCUUGGCCCGAGUUGAAAGAGUCAUUGUUGUUUCAAUGAACUAUAGGUUAGGGGCCCUGGGAUUCUUGGCUUUGCCGGGACAUGAGGAAGCUCCGGGAAAUGCUGGGUUGUUUGAUCAACGGUUGGCACUUCAGUGGGUCCAGGAUAACAUAGCAGCCUUCGGUGGUAAUCCGAAGAGUGUGACAAUAUUCGGAGAGAGUGCUGGAGCAGGAUCCGUCAGCUACCAUCUCCUCUCUCCUAACAGCUAUCCACUCUUCACUCGGGCGAUCAUGCAAAGUGGUUCCGGAAAUGCUCCUUGGGGUGCACUUCUGCCCUCCGAAGCCAGGAGAAGAACGCUAGCUCUGGCUCACCUCCUCCAGUGCACAGGUAGCAAUGAAACAGAGAUCAUUUAUUGUCUUCGAAGCAAACAUCCCCAGGACAUACUGGACAACGAAGUUUCUGUCUUAACAUACAGAACUCUUCUAGAGAUGUACUUUAUUCCGGUCGUUGACAGUGACUUUCUCACUGAAAUGCCAGAAACCUUGCUAAAGAAGGGGGAUUUUAAACAAACACAGAUCCUGAUGGGAGUGAACAAAGACGAAGGGGCCGUUUUCCUUGCAUACGGAGCACCCGGCUUCAGCAAAGACAACAACAGUCUGAUUAACAAUGCAUACUUCCGGGCAGGGCUGAAGGUCUGCUUUCCAGAAACUAACAAUAUCAGCUUGGAAUCGAUACACUUCCACUAUACCGACUGGGAAGAUGAACAAAACCCUUUCAAUUACCGUGAUGCCAUGGAUGAUGUCCUUGGAGAUUACAAUUUCAUAUGCCCUGUGGUCAAGUUCAUAAAACAUUUUGUGGAGGCAGGAAACGCUGCCUUCUUAUACUUCUUUGAGCACAGAUCUUCAAAACUUGCUUGGCCAGAGUGGAUGGGAGUACCGCAUGGGUAUGAAAUAGAGUUUGUAUUUGGACUGCCUCUAGAGAGAAGAGUCAAUUAUACCAAAGCAGAGGAGAUACUGAGUAGGUCUAUGAUGAGAUACUGGGCAAGUUUUGCAAAAACUGGAACACCCAAUGGGACUCAGAUUAAUGGGACAAGAUGGCCAGUCUUCACCCGCACUGAACAAAAAUACUUAACAUUAAGCACAGAAGCUUCAAAGAUUCGUAGGAAAUUACGUGCCCAGCAGUGUCGAUUCUGGGAUAUAUUUUUUCCAGAAGUCCUGGAGAUGACAGGAAAUAUUGACGAAGCAGAACGAGAGUGGAAAGCUGGAUUCCUUCGCUGGAACAAUUACAUGAUGGACUGGAAAAAUCAAUUUAAUGAUUACACUAGUAGGAAGGAAGAAUGUGCAGGUCUCUAAUUAAAAGUUUCAGCCUUUCUGGGAUGCCUGUAUUGUCAAAGAUCAAGGCAAACACACCGAUAGCUAAUGUAGCGCAUCCAGCCAUGGGGCAUGUUGUGCGGGCUCAGUGACAUGUCACAAAUAUACUGGCUUCCCAAGCCCAUUUCUAUUUAUAUCAAUAAAUGUUAUGAUAAGCUCUUCUGCCCUUGGAAGCUUCAGGAAAUGCAAAACAGAACAUAUCCUCCCCGUCCCCCAGAUUUUUAUGGCACAUAUAGAGGCCAUGAUCCUGCUCUACUCAUGUGCUUAAGAGGUGUUGUCAUACACAGGUAUGUGGCAGGGAGAUAUACGUUUGAGUGCACAUCUCAGCCAAAGCGAUGCACCAUAGACUGACUGCAUCCUUCUUCAGAUGUUCAGUCGAACGUGCACUGGAAUGUAUAUCCCGUUCAUGGCCACUGUUCUCCACCUCGCAAACAAUAUACAUACCUAAGUUGUUUAUGAGUGCAAUUCUCCUUAGUAAGCUUUAAGUUCAGAGAAGUGAAACUUUUAUAGUACAUUCACAGAUAAAUGUAACUUUCCUCCUCUCUCUUUUUUAAAAAAAAUCCAUGCAUACACUGGAAAGAUCAGUAUUCCGGGGCACCACUCAGCCAUCUCAGAUCUUCAACUGCAAUGUCACAGCAUUUUAAAUGCCACUUCAGCUGCAAUUUAGUUGUUAUGAACACAUAAAGAGUUGCCAACUGGGCAGGAAAGCAGGCAAUGUAAUUGUCUUGUAAAAAUCAAAGAGGCUCUUAAAAGAUGCUAAAUCUGAAUUUCUCACUCCUUAAAAACAAAACAAAAAAUCCUUGGGAUCAAAGCACUCGGCAUUGAAUUAUACCAAUAUUCCCCCUUGGUCCAAAGGAGAGCAGACUAAUUUUUUCCAGCUGGACGAAAUGGAGAAUUCUUUGGAAGACAUCUUCGGAAGACAUCCUCUAACUCAUUUCCGUGGGGACAGCUAUCUCACCAAGAAAGAACAUUAC